AUGAUACGCAUAGGCAGCACGGUGCGAAGUGCUCCCGCGGCACGCCUGUUCCACAGCAGCGUGCGGGCGCUGAACGGGGGGUCUCUUUUCGGGUUGUUGACUCCGCAAGGUUCCUCGAAGGAGUCUGCUGCGGUGAGCAGUGUGACGAACCGGCUGCAGUUGGCGAUGGAGUCCGAUGAGACGGAUUCCGAUGCGGUCUCCGCGGGGAGAAAGCUGGUCACUUUGGAGACGGAUAAGCCACUACAAGAAUUCAUCAAGGCACAGCGACCCAUGGAGAGGCCCGCGACGGAGUUGCUUCUUUCCCCGUUGAGAAAGCGUAUCUACGACGCCGUCUGUGAGAAGAACGGCGGAUUCUACAAGAGGGGAACCACCGUGAGUCUUGAUGGUUUGAAGCACAAGCUGGAUCUGACGAAGGCGGAGAUCGACGCAUUGGAACCAUCCGUGUACACGCAAUCGUACCGUAUCAAGUCGACGAUGAAGAAGGCUACAAUGUUUCUGAGGAAGUUCCGCGGUGUCGACCUGAAGAAGGGGAUCACGCAGUGUCAUUUCGCGCAACAACAGCUUGGUAGGGACGUUGGUGACUUACUCGAGCGUGCGAUGACGGAUGCGAAGAAGCUUGGAUUGGACGCGGACGACCUGUACAUCGCGCAGAUAUGGACAGGUAGCGAUGGUUCGUGGGUGAAGCGGAUUGACCACAAGGGCCGGGGCCGGAUGGGUAUUAUCCGUCACAGGUACAUCCACGUCAAGUGUGUGUUGCGGACGAAGAGUGUGACGAAGCGGAGACUCGCUUAUGAGAGGGAAUUGAAGCUCGAUGCGAGGAAACCGUGGGUGCAAUUGGCCGACAAGCCGAUCAGAGGUGUCACUGGCGGCGUUUAUAAGUGGUGA